AAAGCUCAUUACGAUUGGUAAAUUCGGGAUUGAAAAAAAUGGCUGCUGUGGCGACGUUUGAUUUUACUUCUGCCCGAAAAACGUUUAUCCAUGAACUUCAGCAAGUUGCAACUGAGAAUUCCCUGGACUCCCUGAAACAGUUCUUACAGGAAUAUACAGCUAGCGAAAGUGAAAAAAGAGUCACAAUUGAUCAGGCAUUCCGUGAUGUGCUAAGAGAUCUGAGUUUCGAUGAUGCGGGAUGUGAGGCCUACAGCAACUUCAUAUGUCUGUCUAUAGAAGCUGCACAAGCAGAGUUAUGUUCAGCCAUUGUUCCACUGCUGCUGCUCACAGACAUAUUUGAUGUGAUACCCCUGGAACAAUGCGAGGAUCUCUUCAACCUGGUGGAGGAUAAAGUGCGCAUUUGGAAAUCUCAAACAUUCUAUGACACUGGAAAGAACUUUCUUCUGCGAAUGUGCAAUGAUCUGUUACGUCGGCUGUCCAAGUCCCAGAACACAGUGUUCUGUGGGAGGAUACAGCUAUUUCUCUCAAGGCUCUUCCCUCUCGCUGAGAAAUCAGCUCUGAACCUGAUGAGCCAGUUCAACCUAGAGAAUGUUACCCUGUACAGUCAUACCAAACAGGAGACCCCAGCCUUCAAAUUUAAGGAGGAGGGGCAGGAUGACGAUGAUGAGGCUGAAGUGAAGCUGGAGAUAAUGGAGGUGGCAGAUGGGGACACUGAGGAAAAGAAACCAGAUGUGCCAAUAGACUACAACCUUUAUGGGAAGUUCUGGUCACUUCAAGACUUUUUUCGUCGACCAGUACAGUGCUAUGAGAAAAAAUUCUGGUCUACAUUUGUAACGAAUUCUGAUGCAGUCUUUGAGGCUUUUUCCAGUGCAAAGCUUGAUGACAUGAAAAAUUCAAAGAAAACCCCCAAUCAGAAGCGUCUUACGACAGAACCAGAUUCAUUCUUUGCCAAGUAUCUCACCAGUGAAAAGCUGUUGAAUCUCCAGCUCAAUGACAGCAAUUUCCGCCGCUACGUGCUGACCCAGUUCCUAAUCAUCUUCCAAUACCUCGGAACUACCGUGAAGUUUAAGACUCCAGCCCAGACCCUGACAGAUGAGCAGACAUCAUGGAUCAAGGCCUCAACAGAGAGGAUCUACCAGCUGGUCCGUGAGACGCCUCCAGACGGGGAGACGUUUGUCAAGACAGUGGAGCACAUUCUGGGGCGAGAAGAGCAGUGGAACAGCUGGAAAAACGAGGGAUGUCCAGACUUUGAGAAGAAACUGGCCGAGGGAGAGACCCUGAAGAAACCCAGGAGAGCAAAGCGUCGACGUGUAGGUGAUGACAUCCAGGUGACGGGUGGUAAGGUGAUCAAGAUGGGCAACCCUGAGCUGACGAAGCUCUGGAACCUCAACCCCAGCAACAUGGAGGCCUGCAAGGACCAACAGAGAAUGUUUUUGCCAACACUGGAAGAUUUUUUCCAAGAUGCCAUUGAGCAGAACGACCCAGAGGCACAAGUUGAGGAAGAAUACAAACUGACAAAUGAGCAGACGUUCCAGUGGAAGGCCCUGCGACUGCUGGCCAGACGUAGCCCCCUGUUCUUCACCAACACCACGACCCCUGCCCAGGAACUUAAGGUCUACCUCAACGGCAUGCUCUCCAAGCUUGCCAAACAGAUGCCACGUGAAGGUGGUGAGGAGAUGAAGACAGAGGUGGAGGAAGAAGAGGAGGAAAUAAAGGAAGCCGAGGAGGAAAUGAGGCAGGGGACACAGAACACUGAGAAGGAAGUCGAGCCGAAGGAGAUCACACUAAACAAGCACAUCAUCUGCAGUGUAGCUGACAAGGUGGCUGGAGACUGGAAGAAGCUUGCCACGGAGCUGCAGUUCCCAGAUGAUGAUGUAGCUUUCUUCGAGAGUGAACAAAUCAGUCCCUCUGAAACGGCCAACAAGAUUCUCACAAUCUGGAUGGAGGACAAUGGUGAUAAAGCCACGGCCGAGGCCUUACGUACGGCCCUGAAAGAGGUAGGACUGGCCAGUGUGGCAGACCUGCUGGUGGGGCCUUCAUGAACGGACCAGGAAUGGUGGAUAGGAGCCUGCGUGUCCAAUGAGAGGGAACCCUUAAAGGGCAUCAGCAUUUGUUCAUAAGUGAACAUUGUAACACUUUUGCCCAUGCUGUGAGGAGCUAAAUAAUGAACUUUUUUAAGAAUCUGAUAUCCAGUUUGAAGAUGUUCGAAGUUAAAAAAGUUGGUCCACUGUUUAAGAACGAUGCCUUGUGUUGUUGAAUGAAUAAAGUGUAGUCUUCUCCUUAAUUAAAUGUUUUUCCUUUACUGAUUUGUUGCGAGACAGUGUUAAUUAAAAAUGACAAUUUAUAAAAUACAAAAAAAAAAUAAUAAUAAAAAAUAAAGAGAAAUAUAUGCUUUAUUCAUAUAGCAAAGAUAUAACUGGUUUUGAAACCAGACAUUAUAUAAUAUAACAAGUUAAACAAAAGCUUAGUUACUUACAAAACAGCAGUCCCCUUGUGACUAAUCUUCAAUCAAGUUUCUUCAAUCUUCAUUUAAGUACGUUUUGACUUAUUGAAGAACUGGAUUGAAGUUUUUACUUAAUUCUGUAGUUGUAACAACCACAAUUUUUAUCUGACAAAAAAACACUGCAAUAUAUUGCAUAUUCCCACACACCAACUUACUUUAAGCACAAGUAUUUUUCAAGCACAAUUGAGGAGGAAAAACACAAACAAUGUGCAUACUCCCCGUAGUAAGAUCCUCUAGUAUGCAUACACGGAGUUUCAUCAAAGUAGAUGUUUUGAAUUAGAGAAGGAUCAAUAUUUCACAUUUUACAUAUUUCUGUAACCACAAUUCUGACAAUUUUGGACAUAACAAAAAGUGAAAUGACAUUCAUAUUACCAAUAUUGCCCUCUAUCACAACAAGUUUCAUCCACCUUGCUUCAAUACUUAGUUAUCACAGGAGCUAUAUAUUCUGAGAACAGAAGUCCACUCAGGAAAACUAAAAAUUGAAUCACAUCAACAAGUGCAUAUACUUCUUAACAUUUUAUCAUGAAGAAAAUAUAUGGACCUUGAAACACAAGAUCUUAAUUUCGUGAUAAUCAUAAAUAAGAUGAUUCACAUACAUUUUCAUAAAUACUGUUACAAUAGCACUGCCUGUACUGUGAUAUGUUAAGAUCCAUCCAUCAGAAAAUUUUAAUCAAACACUAUGCAUUUUAAAUAUUGAGCAAUCAAAUUGUUAUACAAAUAAGAAAAAGCACUUCUGUGAAUUUCAUUUCACAACACAAAAAUAGACAUUGCUGAAAGGUCAUAACUUAUUAAUUAUUAUUCCUGUAAGGAUUUGUAUUAUACUCUUAAACAUUUUCAUGCACUGAUCUAAACAAAAUUAGAUAAACAAGAAUUGUUUCAACAUCAAGAAUGAAGGCAAUAUUUAUAAUGAAUGAUACUACUUAGUAACGUGUAAUAUAUUAGGCAACUCACCAUUUAGUAAUCUGAACUAGUUGUAAAAGCAUACCGUAAUUAAAAAGUAUACAGUCCACUCAACAAAGAAAGGGUCCAACACUUAUUAGCAAAUCAAUAUUUACUGCCUUUAAUGAGAGGCAAACAAA